CGCGGCAUUCGUGAAAAAAACUUCGUGGUAUUCGGACUUGACGUUCCUCUGUUCAAAGCAAAAAAAUUGUCGUGCAAGGAAAAUUUGAGAAAAAUUACAGAUUGAGUGUUAAUUCAUUCCAAAGGUGUUCUGAAAAUUUGUUGCUAUUUCGGUUUGCUUUUGAAUAAAGAUAUAGAAUAAAUAAAAUGGCUGGUGGUAAAGCAGGUAAAGAUUCUGGUAAAGCCAAGGCGAAGGCAGUAUCUCGUUCAGCACGAGCGGGUCUUCAGUUCCCUGUUGGCCGUAUACAUCGUCAUUUAAAGAGCCGCACCACAUCGCAUGGCCGCGUCGGUGCAACGGCUGCCGUAUAUUCUGCUGCAAUUUUGGAAUACUUGACUGCUGAAGUGCUCGAGUUGGCAGGCAACGCCUCAAAGGAUCUUAAAGUUAAACGUAUCACGCCGCGUCAUUUGCAGUUGGCUAUUCGUGGUGACGAAGAAUUGGAUAGUCUGAUUAAAGCUACCAUUGCUGGUGGUGGUGUCAUUCCACAUAUUCAUAAAUCAUUAAUUGGCAAAAAGGAGGACAAUGUUCAAGACCCGCAGAGAAAAAAUACUGUAAUUCUCUCCCAAGGGUAUUAAUUCUUAUUUUAAUAAUAACAUUCACUUCUUUUUUAACAACUUAUGAUAAUUUUCGUAUUGUUAUACAAGUAAUAUUAAUUAUCAUAUAAUUUUUUCUUAAAUGAAAAGCCUAACUUUAAAACAAUAUUUUACACGCAAAACGAAAAUUGAUGAAAGCUAAAAUAAAUAAAACAUAAAAUUGUCGAAAUUUAGAGAAGACCAAA